AUAUUUUCUAUUUUAAAAAUUUUUCGUUAAUAGAUUAAACUUAUAAGUGGAAAUGAAGGUUGAUCUAAGUAAUUAGAAUUGAGAAGACAUUAAAAUCUAGAAUUAUUCUUUAAUUGGAGCAAAUUUCGAUAGAUGCAGCUUCAAUAGAUUAGAAUUUGAUGUUUUAGACAUUAAGGGAGUAAAUUUAAAUGAAGUUCUAAUGUUUAACUAUAAAUAGAAGAAUAUAAAGAUUAAGGAGGGAAAUAAAUUAAAUGGUCAUAAUGAUUGAGUAUUUUCAGUUCGUAUUUCUCCUAAUUGAAAGAUAUGGGCAUCUGGUGGUGGUAAUCGGUAUAAAAGACAGAAGGCAGAUAAGUCUAUACAUUUAUGGGAUGUAUAGACAGAAAAAAAAAAUAUGCUAAUUGGUCACACUAGUAGGGUUAAAUCUUAAUAUCUCAUAAAUGUAUAGAUUUAUCAUGACUACCAAAUGCUCAAAUAUUUCCAUCAGAAGAGAAACAGACUGAAUGAAGUAUAUUUUUUAGAGGGU